CUAAGCUAAACAUUGGCCCACAGCGAAAAAGAGGCUAGGACUGUGCAAAGCGUAUAUAAUAUAUAAUACAGGGACUGUGCGCCGUGUCUAUCAGUACCGUAAUCGGAGAGUAGGUCUCAGUCGAUUAUCCUUGAAGUUUUAUCACUUUUGUUCUUUGGCUCCGAGACCUAAACAUCAUUCAAGAUGACGCUGAACUUGGAGGAUUAUUUUCGGAACACUUUUGAGGACAAGCUCCUUGUCAAGAUGCCAGAGAGAGAAGAUGAUCAUCUCACUCCAGCAACCAGACUUCUUGAAAAGAGAAGAGAAAUGGCAGAAGUUGAACAGGCUCUUGGUGCUCAAAAAGAGGAAUUUCAAAUGAAAAUGGAAAGUUUACAGCAAAGGAGAGAGGAAUUAGAAAGAAAAGAACAUCAAUUGAAAGAAUCUUUAUUAAAAUUUGAUAAGUUUCUAAAGGAAAAUGACUCAAAACGUGCGAGAGCUGUCAAGAAAUCACAAGAUGAACGUGAGCUGAGAAAAGCAAAAGAAAAAGAUAUUGAUCGAUUGAAGGAUGAAAUUGAUGAAUUGGCUAAAGAGCGAGAUCGUUAUCAAAAGAAAUUAGAACGAAACUCAAUUUACCAGAAAUACAUGGAAAAAGUACAGGAAACAUCUGAUGAAUUUAGCGAAAUAAGAGAGAUAAUUGCACGAUAUGAUACACUUGUUGCAACCCAUCUUGAUUUAUUGGAGAGAGAUCAAGCUAAUCAAGAUGCAAUUGAAAAAGAGAAAGCCAAACUUAUGAAAUUCACUGAAGAGAAAAAUAAUGAAAUUCUAUACUACAAUAACCAACUUGCUCAACUUCAAACAAGACUUGAUCAGGCUCAGAGUAGAGCAGUAAAAUGGGAAAGCAAGUGGACCCACAUUCAGAACACUGCUGCAAAGAAGACACUCCUACUUGGAAGAAUAAAAAUAGCAACACAUAAUUUGUUUCAACUUGUUAAUAAGCAUCUUAAGCAACAAACAACAACAGUUCCCUUGGAAAAUACAGCUUUGCAGUUAGAAAAGAUACAAAUGUUUAUUCAAGAUUUGACCCAAAUAACGACAGAAAUCAAGCGAGCGGAAGCAGCAACUCAUGGUACCAACUUAUUGCCAGCAUAAAUAUUCUAGCCAAACUAAUUCGAUUCUACCUUUAUAUUUUAAUUUCCACUUUUCCAUGUAUGAUGCACAUUCAACAUUAUAUAUUACUAAAUCAUACUCUCAUCUUACUUAUGUGAUAAUUAGUAAAACUUCUACCUACCGUAAUUUUAUACAUGAUGCCAUUUUGAGCCUAGUCAGAUUUUCUUUAUCAGGAAAACAAUUCUUUUACCUAUCAAUGUGCAGCAACACAUAAUUUUAUAUUGUAUUUUAUUGAAAGAAAUAUAUUCAUCAGACUCUUAAAUAGUGUAUUUUAAAAUAAAUAUGGGAAAGCAAAAUGUA